AUCUCCCUUCAGAUUAUAAAAUUACUUUGAUUGAUGUGGGCCUCGUCAUUGAAUAUCUUAUGGGUGGAACUUAUCGAUGUACAUACACAAAGAAACGUUUCCGAAUUAUCUACAACAACCUCCAUGGAAAUAAUAGGCGAUCUGGACGGCAUUCAUCAAGUAGUAUACCUCAGUUACGUAAGCACCAAGAGUCCCUGACUAAUCGAGCAGAUAAAAAAGAGAAGACUCGACAUAAUCACUUCAUUAAAACUGCGCAGCCUUACAAACCCAAGCCUGAAUCCUCUGUUGAUCAGGGGAAGAAAAAGAGAACCAAAGAUGAGGUUGUGGACAUUGAUGACCCAGAGACCAAACGUUUUCCUUACCCUUUCAACGAGCUGCUCGUCUGGGCUGUAUUAAUGAAGCGGCAGAAAAUGGCCAUGUUUUUCUGGCAGCAUGGAGAAGAGUCCAUGGCCAAGGCUUUGGUUGCAUGCAAGCUAAAUCGAUCUAUGUCCUGUGAGGCAAAACAGAGUGAUGUAGUUGAUGAUACUUCUGAAGAACUCAAACAGUCUUCCAGUGAAUUUGGUCAAUUAGCAGUUGAUUUAUUGGAUCAGUCCUUCAGGCAAGAUGAAACUAUGGCCAUGAAGUUACUGACUUAUGAAUUGAAAAACUGGAGCAACUCAACCUGCCUCAAAUUAGCUGUUCACUCGAGACUUCGUCCAUUUGUAGCGCACACAUGCACCCAAAUGCUGCUGUCAGACAUGUGGAUGGGAAGGCUGAAUAUGAGAAAAAAUUCAUGGUACAAGGUUAUUCUUAGUAUUCUCUUCCCACCUGCUAUUCUCAUGCUGGAAUUUAAAACCAAGGCUGAAAUGUCUCAUAUUCCUCAAACCGAAGAUGCUCAUCAAAUGAACAUGGAAGACAGUGAACAUAACUUUCAGAGCCCAACUGAUCAAAUCUCAAUGGAAGUCUUCAAAGAAGAAGGAAUCUGUGACCAUGAAGUGAAACAUGAAGAUACAGUUCACAUGAAACCAAGGAGGCUGCCUCUCACCAGAAAAUUUUACUCUUUCUACCAUGCACCCAUUGCAAAGUUUUGGUUUAACACAUUGGCCUAUUUGGGAUUUCUCAUGCUGUACACCUAUGUUGUUCUGGUGGAAAUGGAGAAUUUACCAUCUGUGCAAGAAUGGAUUGUGAUUUCCUUCAUUUUUACCUUAGCCAUCGAGAAAAUUAGAGAGAUCUUCAUGUCAGAAGCUGGAAAGAUAAAUCAGAAGAUCAAAGUUUAUUUCAGUGACUAUUUCAAUAUCACUGACACACUUGCAAUUGUUUUGUUUUUUGUUGGUUUGGGGCUAAGAUUUGGAACUGAGGAAGUGAUGACUGCUGGGAGGAUAAUGUACUGCCUCAAUAUUAUAUUUUGGUACGUGCGACUUCUGGAUUUCCUAGCAGUCAAUCAGCAUGCAGGGCCUUAUGUCACAAUGAUAGGUAAAAUGGUGGCAAACAUGUUUUACAUUGUGGUUAUUAUGGCAGUGGUCUUACUCAGCUUUGGUGUUCCAAGGAAAGCAAUCCUUUACCCAGCAGAGUCUGCAUCCUGGGAACUAGCUAAAGAUAUAGUCUUUCAGCCUUAUUGGAUGAUAUAUGGUGAAGUAUACGCGUAUGAAAUUGAUCCCUGCGCCAACAACACUGAAGAUGGUGCAAAGCAGCGUUGUGUCAUUGGAUCAUGGAUAACGCCAUUUUUACAAGCUGUCUACCUCUUUGUGCAGUAUAUCCUCAUGGUGAAUCUUCUUAUUGCAUUUUUCAACAAUGUGUAUUUCCAAGUGAAGGCCAUUUCAAACAUUGUGUGGAAAUAUCAACGGUACCACUUUAUCAUGGCAUAUCAUGAAAAACCCGUUCUCCCACCACCUCUUAUCAUUCUCAGCCACUUUGCUUUAUUGAUCUCUCAUGUUUGCCGACAAGGAAGGAAACAUGAUCGAGGGCAAGGAGGGCCAAAGUUGUUUGUAAGUGAGGAUGAUCAGAAAAAAUUGCAUGACUUUGAAGAGCAAUGUGUGGAGAAGUACUUCCAUGAGAAAGAGGAUCGAUUUCAUUCUGGGAGUGAAGAACGAAUUCGGCUGACUUCAGAAAGAGUUGAAAAUAUGUCCAUCCAGUUAAAAGAAGUAGGUGACCGUGUAAAUUAUAUAAAGCGUUCCUUACAAACGUUGGAUGGCCAGAUUGGGCACUUGCAGGACCUGUCAGCCCUUACAGUGGACACUUUGAAAGCACUGACUGCUCAGAAAGCUUCAGAGGCCACAAAGAUGCACAAUGAAAUUACUCGUGAACUGAGCAUUUCAAGAAAUCUGGGAGAUAAUCUUUCGGAUGCCCCAGUUAAAACUUCACUUAAAACGAAACACAGCAUUGGAACAUAUUUGGGCUCCUCUUUUUCUCAGCGAGGGAUGGACACUGGUAAUUCUAUAUGUGCUGAUGGUUCUCUUCAAGACUACAUUAAUGCUUCCCAAAGAGAGAUGUUAUGCAGGAAGUAUGGCCAAGAAUUUCUUCCAAGUUCCCAGAGGAAUGAACUGAGUGAUCAAGAGGCUGGUUCCUCGGCUUGUGCCUUAUUACGAAAUGCAGCAUCUCCCUCUGAACUUCAGCAUAGAAGCCACAUGGGGCUGGGGAAGACCCAAUCUCUGACCAGUGAUCAAAAACCAGGAAAGUCAUUCCACAGCAUACCAAAUCUCUCUUCCCCAGCGGCCAAAUUUUUUGUUAGUACCCCAUCUCAACCAAGUGGCACGAGCCAGCUGGAGCUUGUAGCUGACUCAGUCGACUCAAUUAAAACUGGUAUAGAUGCAGAUGGCAGUUCUGUUGAAUUUGGGGCAUUUGUUGGCCAUAAGGACAACUUGGAGCUCCCAAAAUCAGGGACAAGGGAAGCAAUGAAGCCGAAAGAACAGAAAUCAGCGAAGGGAGUCAUUCAUGAUUUGGGAGUUCAUCCUGGUGAUCGUCAUUUGAGAGCUGUGAAUUCUUACGCUGGAUUUGCUGACCUUCGUGGCAAUCAUCUGACUUCUGGGGCACCUGUUCAGGCAGUUUCUUUGCAAGAUAGGGCUGUUAAAGACUGGGUCAGAGCCUCAGCUGAAGAUGUAACAUUCCACCGAGAGGACUCAAAGGCUUCCCUGCUGGACCGUCUUGAAGACAAGCAUAUUGCAACCAGUUGUCAAAUGGUUGUUGGUGAAGAUGCCUUAAAUGCACAACACUUUUACAAUCCUCAAUCUCAUGCAAGAUACAAGAAGAUGGGAGUGAUUGGAUCUCCUUUCAAGCCUGUACUGGAUGUCAAUUACUAUUACUCAGCUGUUGAGAGGAAUAAUUUGAUGAGGCUUUCUCAGAGCAUUCCCUUCACUCCCCUCCCAAACAGAGGUGAACCUGUGACUAUAUAUAGGCUGGAGGAAAGCUCACCAAUCAGUCUGAACAAUAGCAUGUCAUCCUGGUCCCAACAAGGGCGAUGUGCCAAGAUUGAGUUUUUAAGCAAAGAAGAAAUGGGAGGGGGAUUGAGGCGAGCCUUAAAAGUGGAAUGCACGUGGGCAGAGUUCGAUAUUCUGAAACCAGGUCAACUGUAUAUUGUGAAGUCUUUUCUUCCUGAAGUUGUGAAUACAUGGAAAAGAAUCUACAGGGAAGAUACUGUGUUACACCUGUGUUUGAAGGAGAUCCAGCAGCAGAGAGCUGCACAGAAGCUUGCUUUUGCCUUCAAUCAAAUGAAACCAAAGACCAUUCCAUAUUCUCCAAGAUUCCUGGAAGUGUUCCUUCUGUACUGUCACUCAGCAAGCCAAUGGUUUGCGAUUGAGGAGUGUAUGACCGGAGAGUUCCGGAAAUUCAAUCAUAACAGUGGAGAUGAGAUCCGUCCAAACAACAUGCUGGAGGAGACCAUGCUUGCUUUUAGUCACUGGACUUAUGAGUACACUAGAGGUGAACUAUUGGUUCUGGACCUGCAGGGUGUUGGGGAAAACUUGACUGAUCCUUCAGUAAUAAAGUCAGAGGAGAAACAGUCACAUGACAUGGUAUUUGGACCCGCAAAUUUGGGAGAAGAUGCAGUUAAAAAUUUUAGAACAAAACAUCGUUGUAAUUUGUGCUGUGGAAGGCUCAAACUUCCUGAUAUCAAGCGAAAUGAUUACACACCAGACAAAAUGAUCAUGUCUCAAGAUGGAGUGGAAGUUGCAAUUCAGUCUGGCAGUGGUACCAAAGAUGUAAGAAAUUCGAUACGCUUGAUGAUUUAGGAGAACGGUACAGGGAGGAGUUUCCUCCAGUUGGAUACUUGAAAUUGCUAAUGUUACCUGUUACUAGAUCAGAGUUUUUUUGGAUGGAACUUUGAAAUCUAACUUUGGAUGGUACAUUGAGAUGAAGUGGUAACAGAUUCUCUGGCAUAUCUCUAGUUUGGUGUCAUACAUUGACAGUACAAUUGAAAUGUUAACUAUUUUUUACCUGUCUUUGCUUGUUGAAGAUUCCAGUCAUGACACAAGCAGCAUAUGCUGACAUUGUUAAUGACUAGUAGUGAUCUGUUAACAGUAGAAGAAAGGUACAUUUCACAGAAGCAGUCUGUAUAAAGCAAACUUAAUUGAACAAUGUCAAAAUUUUAAAAGGUUAAAUGGCCAAUUUUUAAGUCUUCAUGCAUUUUAAUCCUUUUUAAUCAAUUUAUUAAGAAAAGCCAUGUAAACUGGUAAAACUAAGCCGCAUAAUAUUUAUUCAAACCAUUGUUAUCUUGCAAAAAUCCUUGUCAUAUGUUUUGUCUGACAAUCAGACAGGUUUUAAUAGGCCAAUCAAUUAAAAAGAAUGCUAAAUAUCUGAUCAUUGUCCAACCAGCAGUGUCAUAAAAUGUUCUGGUGACCUGAUUUUUUAAUGAAUUUCAAUUGUGUAGACACUUUGGUGUAAUGCUAGUGUUGUGGUACAUGCAGAUUGAAUUUAAAAGAAAAAGUAUUGAAAUCCUUGUAAAUAUGGUAAUGGGCAGAUUGCAAUCUAUCUUUAUGCAAAUAAAUGAGACCCAAAUCUGUUGAAUUGUCAACACGAUGCUCUGUCUACCUUAAAUAUUUAUGUAAAUGGUAGCAUUUGGGCACCUUUUCUAUGUUACAAAGAGGUACUAUUGUCAUUUUUAAAAAGGUGUUUAUAUGAAGAACCGUGUAAUUUUUAAUCUAAUGUAUCUUAUAGAUACUUUACUUAAGGCACGAACACAACUUGUAAUAAAAUAUGACAGUGGUUUUACAAAGGCUGGAUGGUGCAAACCAAGAGUUAGUGGGAUCAUGCCGCAUAAAUUUUGUACAUUUAAUCUAAUAAAAGAUUUUUGAAAUAAA